UUCCCUUUUUGUGCGUUAAAUUGAAUGAUCCGGAUCCGGAUGCGGACCAAACUCGGAUAUUCAUAAUCAAACCCGCCUACUAUUGUGGCAAGAACGUGCCUUUUCAAUCCUUACAGUUUGCUUUAAAGAAAGGCUUCAAAUUUCAGAUUCCAAAUUUACCAUUCUUACCAUUCGAUUCAGUUGUUCAAAAGCUUCUUCGAUUCAAAUAUUACCAACUUCGCAUUGCAUAUAUUUUAGCUGUUCGGGACCAUGGGUUUGUGGACAUUACUGGAGGGCUUUCUUCUUCUUGCAAAUGCACUAGCAAUAUUAAAUGAAGACCGGUUCCUUGCACCCAGAGGAUGGAGCUUCUCUGAGUUUUCAGGAGGUCGGACAAAGUCUUUCAAGGGGCAGCUUAUAGGGCUAAUAUAUGCAACCCAGUACAUGAGAGUUCCUCUCAUGAUACUCAAUGCUAUUUGCAUUGUUGUAAAGCUAGUGUCUGGAUGAUUCCACGAAGGAUUAUAUGGUUGCACUGGAUAAAUAGGAGUCUGCGGAUUUGGGAAGGGCAGAAAUAUGUUGAAAAUUAAAGCAAAAACUUCAAACAUUAUUUUGUAUGGUUAGUGGUUUUAAGGUUGUAUCCCUAGCUUUAGAAAAUUAUAGCUCUGCGGAAGCGAAUUUUGUAGAUUUGGGGAAAAUUUCUUAACCUGAUGCUUGUAAUCUUCUGUCAGAAGUUUUGGAAAUUGACCUAUUAUAUGACGUUUUAUUCCUAGAUCAUUCCACUAUUAAUUGAAGCAAUGAGAAUAUAACUUUUCUUA